AUGGUCCCAGAUCUGGCCAUUAAGAGAUCAUUGGUAGUUGUGGAGAGCAAUGGAGUGAUGAGAUCAGAAACCUUCUUACAAAGCUUUGAGAAAGAGUUUGGCCGCUGGAAAGUAAAUAACCUUGCUGUGGAGAGAAGAAAUUUCCUUGGCUCCCCACUUCCUCUUGCCCCUGAAUUCUUCCGCAAUAUAAGGUUAUUGGGACGUCGACCCACCCUUCAGCAAAUCACGGAAAAUCUCAUCAAGAAAUAUGGGACCCACUUCUUGCUAUCAGCUACCCUGGGAGGAGAGGAGUCACUCACAAUUUUUGUGGAUAAGCGGAAGUUGAGCAAGAGAUCAGAAGGAAGUGAUUCUACAACCAAUAGUUCCUCAGUCACUCUUGAGACUCUUCAUCAACUUGCUGCUUCCUAUUUCAUUGAUAGGGACAGCACACUACGGAGACUUCACCACAUUCAAAUUGCAUCCACUGCCAUAAAGGUAACAGAAACACGAACUGGUCCUCUUGGCUGCAGUAACUAUGACAACCUAGAUUCAGUCAGUUCUGUUCUGGUUCAAAGUCCUGAGAAUAAGAUUCAGUUACAAGGGCUUCAAGUCAUCCUUCCAGACUACCUACAGGAGCGUUUUGUGCAGGCAGCUCUGAGCUAUAUUGCCUGUAAUUCAGAGGGAGAGUUUAUUUGUAAAGACAAUGAUUGCUGGUGUCAAUGUGGCCUCAGAUUCCCAGAAUGCAACUGUCCUUAUAUGGAUAUUCAAGCCAUGGAGGAAAAUCUUCUUCGAAUAAGUGAGACCUGGAAUGCCUACAACAAUGAUUUUGAGGAAUCAGAUGAAUUCAAAUUCUUUAUGAAAAGGCUUCCCAUGAAUUAUUUCCUCAACACAUCUACCAUAAUGCAUUUGUGGACAAUGGAUUCUAAUUUUCAGCGUCGUUAUGAACAACUAGAGAACAGCAUGAAACAACUUUUCCUAAAGGCACAGAAAAUUGUACACAAGCUUUUUAGCCUUAGUAAGAGGUGUCAUAAACAACCACUCAUCAGCCUGCCAAGACAAAGUCUAUCUACCAUGUUAGACUAUUUGUUCCUUACAAAUGAGAGUCGCUACAUCUAA